AGAUGAACAGAUAUCCUAUAGCGCGGUGAUAUACAGUAGAGACAGUGCUGAGAUCUAUAUUUAGCAACACCCACUUCGGAUGCUGCGAUGAAGCCGAUUAUCAAAGACUGAAUUGAUCCAUGGUCACAUUUAAUUUCGUCUUGUUCGUUUUCGCAAUAAACUGAUUUAUUUAAGAGAUACAUAUGCAUGACCGCAUGUGUGAACAAGAUACGCAAGACACAGAUGGUUGGAUUAUAAAUUAACUCUCCGAAAAUACGCAGGUGCCAAUUAGCGUUCAGAAUCCAAGAUGGCGGAGCCCGGUGAUGCAGUAUCAUCUGAACAGGAUGAUAUUUCGUUUCUCCGAACAAAUGACAUGGUAUGUUUGAGCUGCGUCACUGCCACCACAAGGGACAGUCCAAGUGAGAGAGUGAACCUUGCUGCAGAGGGCUUUGGAAACCGCAUGUGCUUUCUAGAGAAUGUCUCCAGCAAGGACAUUCCGCCAGACAUUUCCAUGUGUGUGUUUGUGUUGGAACAAGCUCUGUCUGUUAGGGCGUUACAAGAAAUGGUCACCUCAUCGUCUCAAGACUCUUCUGCAGCGCAGUCAGGGCAUAGAACCCUUCUAUAUGGCCAUGCGGUUCUGUUGAGACAUCUUCCAAGCAACAUGUACCUGUCAUGUCUGUCCACCAGUUCCUCCAAUGACAAACUGGCCUUUGAUGUCGGCCUCAACGAAUCUUCACAAGGAGAGUCUUGCUGGUGGACAAUCCACCCGGCCAGCAAGCAGAGGUCAGAGGGUGAGAAGGUCAGGGUCGGUGAUGACCUCAUACUGGUCAGUGUGUCCAGUGAGAGAUACCUGCACAUCGGCAGCAGUUCUGAAGUGAUAGCCUCCUUCCAGCAGACACUGUGGACGGUUGUACCCAUGAGUUCAGGCGUCAUCAGAGUCAAAUCAAUGGGGUUUGUGUUUGGUGGCGAUGUGCUCCGACUGUUCCAUGGUCAUAUGGAUGAAUGCCUAACCAUUCCUGAGGCAGGCAGUGACAGUGAAUUCAACUGUGUGAUGUAUGAGACAGGGGCUGUGUGCAGCCAUGCCCGAUCACUGUGGAGAUUAGAGUUCAUCAAAACGAAGUGGGCAGGUGGUUUCAUGGGCUGGGGGCAGCAGGUGCGUAUCCGUCAUGUGACCUCGGGUCGUUACCUUGGCAUCACUCACGACCACAACGUGGUUACCGUGCACAGGGGCAAGGCAGACGAGGAUACCACCUCCUUCUAUUUGCGACAAACCAAGGAUGACAAGAAGCUUGCUGAAGGUCAUGAGGACGAGGGUAUGGGCAAGUGUGACCUCAAGUAUGGGGACUCUGUCGUGUUCAUCCAGCACUGUGCCACAGGCCUAUGGCUCUCCUACCAGACCUUUGAGACCAAGAAACGGGGCGUAGGGCGCGUAGAGGAGAAAAAAGCAGUGAUGCUGGUGGAAGGUCACAUGGACGAUGGUAUCACACUGUCCAGGGCUCAGGAGGAAGAAUCUAGGUCGGCCAGGGUCAUACGCAAGUGUCAGUCGCUCUUCAAUAGGUUCAACAAAGCCCUGGAUUUACUGAGGAGUGAGGGCCGAACAUGUAUUGCCUGGUCCCGUAUACGGCUGUCAGAGGUUGUCAAGUGCCUUACUGAUCUAAUUGACUAUUUUCAACAACCUGCUGUCGAUGAAGAACAUGAGGAGAAGCAGAACAAGCUGCGAGCCUUGAGGAACCGCCAGGACCUGUUCCAGGAGGAGGGCAUGAUCGCGCUGAUCCUUGAGACCAUUGACAAGUUCGGUCAGUACAAAGGCAAGAGGCAGUUUGCACACUACGCAGGCGAGGAGGCAGCCAACAAAUGGGACGAUAUCUCCAGCUACCUCUACCUUCUCUUAGCUGCAAUGAUCCGGGGUAACCGUGCCAACUGUGCCCAGUUUGCUCAGUCCUACAGGCUCGACUGGCUUGUACACAGGCUCGAGAGUCAGAUGUCAUCCAAAGGUGUUCUGGACGUUCUACACUGUGUUCUCAUCGACUCACCAGAGGCACUGAACAUGAUCAAGGAAAAACAUAUCAUAACCAUCAUAUCACUGAUUGACAAGCAUGGAAGAGACCCUAAGGUGCUUAACGUUCUCAAGUCCCUGUGUGUGGGUAACAACGUGGCGGUGCGCACCAACCAAAACCUGAUCUGUGAGAACCUGCUGCCUGGUCGAGAUCUCCUCCUGCAGACCAAACUGGUAGAUCACGUGUUUAGUAUGAAACCCAAUAUCUACGUUGGUCUGUGUGAGGGCUCUUCGAUGUACAGGCGCUGGUAUUUCGAGGUUGUUGUCGACCAGUUUGAGGCUGGGUCUCACCUGCCGCCCCUGUUGCGUAUUGGCUGGGCCAGCAGCUCCGGGUUUGUGCCGUACCCUGGCGGGGGACAGGGCUGGGGUUGCAAUGCAGCAGGGGAUGAUCUGUACUCAUUCGCUUUCGAUGGCAACUGCUUUUGGACAGGAGCAAAGCGUAAGCAGGUGCGAGACCUCAGUUUGAUAUUCAGGAAGGGUGACGUGGUGGGCUGCCUACUGGAUCUGACAGGCCCCAAGAUAUCCUUCACCAUCAAUGGGGCGCCUGUCAUGGGCCUGUUCAAGGAUUUCAAUCUGGACGGGUUGUUCUUUCCUGUCAUCUCCAUGACGGCAUGUGUCAGUUGUCGUUUCGUGCUUGGGAGUGAACAUGGCAAGCUGAAAUACGGGCCUCCGGAGGGCCACUCGCCAGCCAUUGAGUCCCUGCUACCCAAACAGAAACUGAAAAUUGAGCCCUGCUUCUACUUUGGGGACGUUCAGAAGAACAUUAUCAGUGGCCCCACUGAGGUCCUUGAUUAUGCCCCUUUUGUACCUCAGCCAGUUGAUACAGGCAAUGUUCAGCUGCCAGUGUAUGUAGAAUGUGUGCGAGACAAAUUAGCCGAGAACCUUCAUGAGGUGUGGGCCAUGAACAAGAUAGACCAGGGUUGGUCCUGGGGGGAGAUACGUGAAGACACACGCAAAAAGAAUCCCAGUCUUACCAGCUUUGAGAAGCUGCCCAUGUCCGAGAAGAAAUAUGUUGUCACUGUGGCUUUUGAAACACUCAGAACUCUCCUGGCCCUUGGAUACCAUGUCUCCAUGGAAAUGAAGGAUUCCAAGACAAACAGAAUGAAGACUGUCAAGCUGAGUUCAGAUUUCCUACAAAGCAACGGCUACAAGCCAAUGCCCCUGGACUUGUCAGGCACUGAGCUGGAUGAGAAAAUGUGUGACCUUGUUGAACUCCUGGCGGAGAACACACACAAUGUCUGGGCCAAGGAUCGCAUCAAGAAUGGAUGGACAUAUGGGCUGUGUGAGGAUCUAGCAACUAAGAGAAGCCCCCAUUUAGUGCCUUACAACAAAGUUGAGGAACAUAUCAAACGAGCAAACAGGGAGGCUGCAGCCCAGACGGUAAAGACAAUACUUGCCUAUGGGUACACAUUAGAACCUCCGACCAGUGAGCUUGGAGAGUCAACAAAAAUCCAGUCAGGAAGCAAACUAGAAAACCAUUUGGCUGCCCAUGGUUUAUUGAAAGCUACCGACAAGUCAUUGACAGAAACCAAUAUGAAGAAAACCAGGACUUACCGUGCUCAGCUGACGUAUGCUGUAACAGCUGGGAAAUGGUAUUUUGAGUGUGAGGUGCUCACUCCCGGCUACAUGAAGGUGGGCUGGGCCAAGGAGUCAGCAGUCCCCUCAGAGGAGAUAGGGAUGGAUGGCAGCUCGUACGCAUUUGAUGGACUCUUUGGUCGCAAGUGGAACCAGGGAGCUGAAUUUUACGGGAAACAGUGGAAGACAGGAGACGUUGUUGGUUGCAUGCUGGAUCUGUCUGACCGCACCAUUACAUUUUCUCUGAACGGAGAGCUGAUGAUGGACUCGCUGGGGCAGGAGAUUGCGUUCCGUAAUAUUGAGGUCAGCAAGGGCUACGUCCCAGCGUUCACUGUGGGAGCCUUCCAGCAGAUGAGGCUCAACUUUGGGCAGGAUGUCAACACACUCAAGUACUUCACCUUCUGUGGACUGCAGGAGGGAUAUGAACCUUUCUGUGUAAACAUGACCCGCAUCAUGUCGCUGUGGUAUACAAGGGAUCAGGCUCACUUCACCACGGUGACCAACAGUGACCCCUCCAUUGCAGUAUCACGAAUCCCUGGAGGAGCGAACGUGGCCCCAUGUCUGAAGGUGACCUCCAAGACUUUCGGGACGCUAGAGGACGUGAAACUCGAGUACCUGAGACUGAGCCUGCCAGUCAAGUGCAAGGAUGAGUUCAUACCCAGUCGUGACAAGGUGAGCCACCAGGCUACACUGGACCGACACAUGAACCUGGAGAACCUGCGGCGGCGUGAGCUGGACAUAGAGGAGGAACAAGAUGGAGGCACUGACCCAGGCACGGAGAAUUACAGUGACGCCAAUAUGAGUGAUGCCUCCAUCGAGAGAGGCAGCAAACUUGUGGCAGACACCUUGCGUCAUCUUGUCGGCACAAACCGUCGGCAUGUCUCCAGCCAUAACCAUAAACACCAUGAUCCCACUAACUCAGAUGGCCGCCCCCCUUCUCCCAUCCUCAAACACUCCAAGAAGUGCACGACCAUCCUUGAGAAUAACACAGACACGGUGUCCAAGGACUCGCCUGGUAGCCAGGGGUCACAUCCUGGAAGCCAGGGGUCAAAGGGGUCGCAUGCGGCUGCUACUUCCUCUUCUGGCACUCGCUCCACUAAGCACAGCAAUGACGAUGACUCAUCUAUCGCAGGAAUGAGUCACAGUUUCACGGAAGACACAAUAGAUAGUCGAAGAUCGAAGACCAAGUCAAAAUCUUUGAGUCGAGGUCACUCUCUUGAGGAGAGCUCGAAUGACGGUGGUCCCGGGCGUUUGAAGACGGCAGCCAGUGAGUCGAUGCUGGCAGGUGACACAGGAUCACUUGCAAUCCCUCCCGACGGAAGAAAAGUCUCUUCCAAGUUGUCACUUCUUGGAGACAAACUGGGUGACGCUGCUAGGAUGCUGGCCGAAAGGAGCUCAGUGAAGAAGCCAAAGACUCCUUUCUCAAUGUUCAAGAAGAAAUCAUCCAGAGACCCCUCACCCAACGACACUAGGGGUCGUGCUCGAAGUACAGAGUAUGGAGGCAGUCUUGACCGUCACAAGCCCGGAAUGCGGUCCGCAGGGGGCCGCUCUCCCAAUCGGAACACCACCUUGCCCAUCACCAGGCUCAGCGACGAGGCCGAUGGGAACGGGUCAACAAACGGGCCCUUGAUGAACUUGGACGCUCCCAGGGCCAUCAUACCGUAUGAGUUCCAAGAUGCCAUGGGUAGAGGAGGUGGUAGAGGCUUCACCCAGGACGGGUCUGAUCCUGACCUGACUGAGGCCGACCUCAUGGAGAUGAAUGCCUGGGCGGAACAUGUGGAUGAGUACUACUACUCGGUGAGAAUUUUCCCGGGUCAGGAUCCAGGACAGGUGUAUGUGGGAUGGAUGACGCCCGGCUUCCACAGCAUUCAGAAAUCAUUUGACACCAAGAAGACUAGGCAUGCUGUUGUGUCACUUCUUGAUCAGGACUUCAGAAUCAAAUCAAGUGUUGGCCGCAAGAACUGCUACAUGGUUUGUGCAGGAGAUCUACAACAGCGAUACGGUAACAGCAGCAGCAGUACGGACGUGUCCAGCAAGCGAACCUCACCGGGCCUCCUGAUUGGCUGUACCAUUGACGUGGCAACAGGGGUGCUUGCAUUCUCCGUCAACGGGAAGGAGGUUGCCAACAAGUUCCAGGUUGAGCCGGGAGCCAAGCUGUUCCCAGCUGUGAUCUGCGAGCCAACGAUAAAAGAGAUGUUGCAGUUUGAACUAGGGUCUACCAAGAAUGCCUUGCCGCUGUCAGCUGCAGUGUUCCGUGGCCCGAAGAGUGUGGUUCCCACUUGCCCGCCCCGUCUGGACGUUCAAUCACUGGUUCCCAGUAGCUGGGCUCGAGUUCCCCACAACGCCACCUAUGUUCAGUCGCUGAAACUGUCAGACAUUCGUGGCUGGAGCAUGCUGUCUGAUAAAACAAUCUCGAUGCAGUCAGUGUUCAUCCCAGAAGAGGACUGCUCCAUGGAUAUACUGGACCUCAUAGAACAUGAACACCUGCUCAAUUUCCACGCAACGACCCUGGAACUGUACCAGGCGGUGUGUUCCCAUGGCAACCACAACGUGGCCAGCACCCUGACACACCACGUGGACAUACUGCAGCUGAUGUACUGCAUCCAGAGCGAGUACCUGUCUGGACCCCUUCGCGCAGGCUUUCAUAACAUGCUGAUUGCCAUGCACCUGGACUCCCACACAAGGGCUAGACACGGCACAGAGAAGGAGUACAUCAUCCCGCUGACGGACCAGGUGCAGUCCCUGAGCCUGUACAGACAGCUCAGUCCCACCAGCGACACAUACAAGAUCAAGCACACCAUACCCAACAUGGACGCCAGCGUGUCCAUCAGGCCCAAGCUGUGUCUCAACAAGAAAGACAUUGAAACCAGAAACCAGACAAGGAACAAAGCUGGGACGUCCCCAUAUUUCCCAAUGGACCGUCUGAAGAUGUUUAUGAUGCAGGCACUCACAGAUGGGGUGGAGAAAGGUGCUGCCCACAUACGGGACCCUAUAGGGGGCAGCAACGCCAAUCUGUUUGUGCCAAUGUUGAAGACGCUGGACAAUCUCCUGGUGAUGGGUCUGCUCACUGAUGAUGACUUGCACCAGCUACUGCUCCUCAUUGACCCAGAAACCUUCGAUGAAAACGGCCACCUCGGCUCAAAGAGGAAUGGACUGCUGCACAUGAAACUUGCAGAACCUGUCAAACUAGAGGUGUGCCGAAUCCUGCAGCACCUUUGUGACAUCCAGCUGAGACACAGGGUGGAGGCCAUCAUAGCCUUCUCACGAGACUUUGUGGGCCAGUGUCAGAAUGAUCAGCUACGUAGAUACAACGAUAUUAAGCAGGCCAAUCUGCCAUCAUCUGUGACAGCCAGAAAGACACGUGAGUUUCGUUGUCCCCCGAGUGAGCAGAUGAGGAAUCUCCUCGCGUUCAAGACAGCCGCAGAGGAGCUGAUUCACAACUGCCCGUGUAUCAGCGAAAUUCGAGACGUAAUGUGGAACUUCCACUCCAACUUGCUCAAGCACUGUUCCAUGCCCACAGCCAUCGAUUCUGAAGGAGGGACAGAGGCUCCCAGUGAAGCCCAGCUGCAGGAGCAGACAACAGGGCUGACCCAGCGACUUCUCUCCCUUGUCUGGCAGGCCCCAGAAACCCCAGCUGAUCAGCCUGCUGACAGCUCCCAGGCCAAGAUAGAUUCAAUACAGAAGCUUAUACAGAAAACAAUGGUGAUGUGGGCAGAGGAGGACUUUAUUACCUCCCCUGACCUUGUCAGAGAAAUGUUUAGUCUGCUGCAUCGACAGUACAAUGGCAUUGGAGAGUUACUGGAAGCCCUGCAGAAGGCGUACGUGAUCAGCUCCAGUAGUGUGGUGGACAUCAACAGCCUGCUGAAGGCCCUGGGCAACAUUCGCUCUCUGCUCCUGGUACAGGCUGGACCGGAUGAGGAGGAGCUGAUGAUGAAUAGUCUCAAGGACCUGAUGGACAACAAGGUGUUCUUCCAGCAUCCAGACCUGAUGCGGGCCCUGUGCGUGCAUGAGACAGUCAUGCAGCUGAUGGUGAACACACUAAACAAGGCGCAGCAGCAACAACAGUCCACCACGAGCAGCGAGCUCGCCUCCACCAGUCAAAGGAGACACUCCACUGUGCAGCCCACCUCCGGCCUCGACAACAACUUUGCAGAGUCAGGCAAGGAUGCUGCUGCUGAGAUGGUGGUGAUGUGCUGUCGAUUCCUCUGCUAUUUCUGUCGCACCAGCGGACAGAACCAGCGUGCCAUGUUUGAGCACCUCAGCUACCUGCUUGACAACAGCAGCAUGCUAUUAGCUCGCCCAUCCCUGCGUGGCUCAUGCCCCCUGGACGUGGCCUACAGUUCCCUGAUGGACAACAAUGAGCUGUCGCUGGCUCUGCGAGAGGCCCACUUAGAGAAGAUUGCCAUGUACCUGUCACGCUGUGGGCUGCAGUCUAACUCAGAGCUGCUCGAGAAGGGGUAUCCAGAGAUCGGCUGGGAUCCCGUGGAGGGGGAGAGAUACCUGGAUUUCUUCAGAUUCUGUGUCUGGGUCAAUGGAGAGACUGUAGAGGAGAAUGCCAACCUGGUGGUGAAGCUGCUGAUCAGACGUCCCGAGUGUCUGGGGCCGGCCCUCAGGGGGGAGGGUGGGGGUCUCCUAAAGGCAAUGAAAGACGGCAUCCGCAUGUCGGAGCAGAUAGCUGCAGCUCGUGACGGCACCUCUUGCAUGUUCCUCUCCGCGAUGAAUGAUGAUGAUGACUCUGAUGGGAAAUAUCUCUUCCAGAGCAAGUUUGAUUUCUCCACCCUACCACCGGAGGAUGAUGAAGACUAUGUGGACAUGGGGGGUGCAAUCCUUAACUUCUACAGCAGCCUUGUCGACCUGCUAGGUCGCUGUGCUCCUGACGCAGAGUCUAUAAAGGCAGGCCGGAGUGACGCACUACGCGCGCGCUCCAUAUUGCGUUCCCUGGUAUCCAUGGAGGACCUGGAGGGCGUGCUGGGGCUCAGAUUCAUACUGCCAGUAGGAGGGGAGGCUGAUGGUGCCCUUCCCCCAGGCCUGUUGCCGCCCCACAAGGCGUCCGUUGUGAUGUUCCUGGAGCGCGUGUACGGGAUAGAGGAUCAGGGGACGUUCUUCAGACUCCUUGAAGACUGUAUCCUGUCUGACCUGCGAGCUGCAACCACCCUUGAUAUGGCGGCCUCCUCUGAGAGUGACAUGACUCUGGCCCUGAACCGCUACCUGUGUGGGUCGGUACUGCCCCUGCUCACCAAGCACAGCCACUUCUUCAUGGACGCAGAUCACAUGAGCUCCCUGCUGGAGUCCACACUGAACACGGUGUACCGCCUCUCCAAGUGUAACUCCCUCACCAAGAACCAGAGGGACAUGGUGUCCGACUUUCUGGUCGCCUUCACAAAUCAACUGAGGCCCCCCAUGAUGGCCAAGCUCCUGAGAAAGAUGGCGGUGGAUGUUCCUGCUCUUAAUGAGAACACUGUGGUACCUCUAAGGGUGCUCACAGCAUACUACGAGCGUUGUGGCCGUUACUAUAGCCACGGUGGUUGGGGCUCGUUUGGGGCAGCCAGCGAUGAGGAGAAGAGGCUCACUAUGAUGCUGUUUUCUGGAAUAUUUGACUCCUUGUCUCAAAGGGCGUACGACCCUGAGUUGUUCUCGAAGGCAUUGCCAUGCCUCUCUGCUAUUGGAUGCGCCCUUUCACCGGACUACUCACUGAGCAGCCAUGAUGACACCUGGUACCAGCAGGCACUGGCUGAGUCUGAACAAACUUAUAACCCCAACCCUGUUGAUACAGCAAGGGUUCAUCUCAACCAGAACUUGGAGUCUGCCUGUAUGAAGUUUGCAGAACACUUCCAUGACACAUGGGCACUGAAGAAGAUGGAUGAAGGAUGGACGUAUGGCAGUGCCUUUGAUGAUGACAGGAAGUCCCAUCCCAUGUUGAAGCCAUACCACGCACUGGCAGACAGGGAGAAGAACAAGUACCAGUAUCCUGUGCGUGACUCCAUCAAGUCGAUCGUGGCGUGGGGCUGGAGUCUGGAGCAGGACCAGGCGCGACUCACGGCCAACAGGGAGUCCAUGAAACGCAGGAUGUCAAAGGAUAUGUUUGACCAUGGGUACAGUCCACGACCGUUUGACCUUCGAAACAUGACCUUGACCCGUGAACUGCAGGCGUUGUCAGAACAACUGUCUGAGAACUCACAUGACCUGUGGGCUCGUAGCAAGAAGAAGGAGCUGGAAGAAAUAGGAGGUGGUGUGCACCCCCAGCUUGUCCCCUAUGACAUCCUGACAGAGAAGGAGAAGAAGAGGGACCGAGAGCACUCCCAGGAGCUCCUCAAGUUCCUGCAGUUCCUCGGCUUCCGUCUACACAGCAGCAAUGACCUGGAUCUGGAUGCGAAGGGACGCAAGAAGUCGUCUGCUUCCAGACCAACGAAGGAUUCUGAGACGGACCAGGGCGUUGGUGGGUCGGCCAUGGAGAAACGGUUUGCAUACAGCCUCCUAGAGAAGUUGCUCAUGUACUUUGAUAAGGCCUCUACCAGCAUGACUCAGACCAGAAACAUCUCCAGGUUCAGUAGGCGCGGAAGUUUCACCACCGCCACUAAGGAUGUGAAGUUCUUUGGCAAGGUUGUGUUGCCGUUUGUUGAGAAGUAUUUCCGUGCCCAUCGCGAGUACUUUGCUGGGGGACCCAACACCCCACCCACAGGCUCCGUGGCCUCAGUCAAGGAAAAGGAGAUGACUGCCAGCUUGUUUUCCAAAUUGACUUCCACUCUGCGGUCAAAGUUGAACGCCUUUGGCCAUGAUGUGAACAUCUCAGUGCGAUGUCUUCAGGUGCUGAUAAAGGCUGUUGAUGCCAGGACUGUAGUCAAAAACAGCCCAGAGAUCAUCCGUUCGUCCCUUCUGCCGUUCUUCAACAACACAGCAGACGACCUCGCGAACCUUGUGGAAAACCUUCAAAAUGGCCGCUUCAGUCACGUGAAGGGAACGAUCACCCGCGGGGCUACAAGCCUUAGUUACGUGCACAUGGUCCUGCUUCCUGUGCUCUCGUCUUUGUUUGAUCAUCUCGGUAGACACAAGUUUGGCCCGGAUUUGAUAGUGCAAGACGUACAGCUAGCCUGUUACCGGAUCCUGAACUCCCUCUACCUACUGGGAACCAGCGGAAACAACUUCAUGCACAGGGAAACAGUUACAUCAGAAUUGUCAAGACACCGACCGGCCCUGGGUGAGUGCCUGAGCUCCUUCGCAGGCUGUUUCCCAGUGGCCUUCCUCGAACCCAAGAUGAACAAGUACAACAAGUACUCCAUUCUCUUUGGACUCGAGGGGAAAAUAUCGGAGCACUCGCUGGAAGCACAAGAGGUGAUGGACCUGCUGCAGGAGACGCUGCCUCCCCUGGAGAAGAUCCUGGAGGAAGUGGAUGCCCUUGCAGAGUCCGGGGGGAAGUACAUGGAGGCCCCGCACGUCAUAGAGGUCACCCUGCCCAUGUUGUGUAGCUACCUGCCCUACUGGCUGCAGAACGCCCCCGCUAUACAGGGCAACAAUCCAGUGUCCAGUGUGACUGUUGAGCUAAUGAACCGAGUCCUUGGCAACGUUCUUCACCUGAUCAGCAACAACAUUGGUGCUGAAGAUGCCCCUUGGAUGAACACCAUUGCAUCUCGAGUCCAGCCAAUCAUUAGCAGCUCUCACCCAGACAUGAUCUCUGAUCACUUCCUGCCUAUCGCUAAGAAGAUCCGAGACAAUGCGAUGCUUGUUGAGCAAAAGGAGAAACAGCUGUACCUGAGCAAGCUUCACCAGACACAGAAUGAUGAGGACUCGGAUAUGGAGGCCAAUGUUCAGCUGGCAUUUAGUAUCCUGGUGCGUGACAUCUACGCCUUCUACCCGCUGUUGAUCAAGUAUGUGGACCUGCAUCGCUCCACGUGGCUCAAGAACCCCACCACAGCAGCCGAGGAGCUGUUCACUCUCAUAGCUGACAUCUUUCUGCUCUGGUCCAAGUCCAUUUUUUACAAACGAGAGGAGCAGAACUUUGUGCUGUCCAAUGAGAUUGACAACAUGUCUCUGAUCAUGCCCAGUCAGACCAAGCCUGCUGUUGUGCAGAUGGACCCGAGUCUGGAGUCAAAGAAACCCACCGGGAGAAGGCGUGAAAAAAAGCGUUUGGAGCCUCAUAACAGUCUGAACGUGGCCUGUCUCAAACGUCUUCUGCCCAUUGGUCUGAGCUUCUUUAGCGGCCGAGAGCAGGAACUGCUGCAGACGGUCAAACAGAAACUCAUUGAUGACCCAGAGGCGGAUCUUGAAGACUUUCUGGGGAAGAUUUUGGAGGAAGUAGAAGGGCCUAUUGAUGACAAGAUCAAGUGGCAGAAGGUCUUAUACCAUAAGAUAGGUGGAGGGUCAGGGUCAAACAAAGACCAGGGGCGUGUCAUUGACCGCAUCAUCUCCAUGGCAAAAGUCAUGCAUGGCCUCCAUACAGUUGAACACCCAUUGGCCCACCACAAGAAUGUCUGGAGGAAGGUUGUGUCCACUCAGAGAAAGAGAGCUGUCAUGGCCUGCUUCAGGAUGAUACCAUUGCAUAACCUGCCAAAGCACCGCUGCAUCAACCUGUUCCUGAAGUGUUACCGGUCCCAGUGGCUCGUCACCGAGGAGUAUGAAAAGAAGGUGCUCAUUGACGACCUUACUAGGAGUGAUGUGAAAGAGGAGGAGGCUGUAGAGAAGAAGGAGGAGGAGGUGGAGCGACCCGACCCCCUCAAGCAGCUCAUCACCUGCCUGUCCCGGGCCGCCACAAAGGAGCAGCAGAGCUCCAUGCCUGAGGACAUACUCUACAUCUCAUAUGCACAGAUCAUGAGUCAGAGCUGCAGUGGCGCUGACGAUGAUGAUGAUGAUGAAGGUGGGGAGGAGGAUGGUCCUGGCUCUUCUUUCCAACUUCACUUGGACAUUCUCAAGGAGCAGGAAAUGGAGAAGCAGCAGCUACUGUCAGAGCAGGCCCGGCUGUCUGAGCGCGGGGCAGCAGAGAUGGUGCUGCUCUACAUCAGUGCCAGCAGGGGUUGUGUUGGGCCAAUGGUAUCUGAAACCAUUGAGACUGGAAUUUCCUUGCUAAGAGGUGGAAAUAUUGAUGUGCAAAAGAGGAUGCUGCGACACUUGAAGGACAAGAAGGAUGUAGGGUGCUUCACCUCCCUGGCAGGCCUCAUGCAGCAAUGCAGCGUGUUGGAUCUUGAUGCAUUUGAGAGAACCAACAAGGCAGAAGGUCUAGGCAUGAGCUCUGAGGCAACACCAGGGGAGAAGAAUCUCCAUGACGCAGACUUCAUCUGCAAGCUCUUCCGCUUCCUGCAGUUACUUUGUGAAGGACAUAAUCUAGAAUUCCAGAACUAUUUGCGCACACAGGCUGGUAACAACACAACAGUGAACAUCGUCAUCAGCACAGUAGACUACCUACUGAGACUGCAGGAGUCCAUCAUGGAUUUCUACUGGCACUACUCUGGCAAGGACACCAUUGACACUGCUGGCAAGGAGAACUUCUGUCGGGCAAUCAACGUCUCCAAGCAGGUGUUUGCAACACUUACAGAGUAUGUACAGGGCCCGUGUUCCCAGAACCAGCUUACUCUGGCUCACAGUCGACUGUGGGACGCAGUUGGGGGCUUCCUUUACAUCUUUGCCCAUAUGCAGGAGAAAUUGUCCAGGGACUCAGAGCAGCUGGAGUUGCUGAGAGAGUUCAUGAAGCUACAGAAGGAGAUGAUGAUCAUGCUGCUCUCCAUGCUUGAAGGCAAUGUGAUGAAUGGACCGAUAGGCAAACAGAUGGUGGACACUCUGGUAGAGUCUUCUGGCAAUGUAGAGAUGAUCCUGAAGUUCUUUGACAUAUUCUUGAAAAUGAAGGACUUGACAACAUCGGAUGCAUUCUUGGAGUUUGAUACAAACAAAGAUGGCUAUAUAUCGGCCAAGGAAUUCCGCCGUGCCAUGGAUUCACAGAAGAUGUAUUCACGUGAGGAGAUAGAGUACAUCAUGAUGUGUGUGGACGCCAACCAGGACGGCAAGGUGGACUUCAACGAGUUCACAGACCGCUUCCACAACCCGGCCAAGGACAUCGGCUUCACCAUGGCUGUACUGCUAACCAACCUCUCUGAGCACAUGCCCAAUGAUCCCAGGUUGGAGCGUUUCCUGGAGAAGGCCAGCUGCGUAUUGGACUACUUCCAGCCUUACCUGGGUAGGAUUGAGAUCCUGGGUGGAGCAGGACGCAUUGAGAGGGUCUACUUUGAGAUUAAACAGUCACAUAUAGACCAGUGGGAGAAACCACAAAUUAAGGAGUCAAAGCGUUCGUUCUUGCACAGUGUCGUCAAUGAGGGGGGAGACAAGGAAAAACUGGAGAGCUUUGUGAACUUCUGUGAGGAUACCAUUUUUGAGAUGCAGCAUGCGACCAGUAUCAGUGCAGAGGAACAGAGGAUGGCUGCACUACGUAGUGGCGCAGUUCCCGACACAAGAGGAGGUGUUCUGCAGCCAGUGAAGAUGGGGUAUAAUUAUGUGAAAGACAACAUUGGAUUAUUCCUGUCUUUGUUUACAAUGUCCAAUGUGAGACAGUCGUACCGGGCGUUUCACAAGAUGACCUACUUUCAACUGUUUGUGGCAUUGAUGAAAUUGAAUUUUCGCAUCGCUUUCACCUUGCUGUCUGUUCUCUUCCAUAUAGUGUGGACACUAGGCCAGUUUGUACUGAACAUGAUGCUGGGAGAGCCUGACCCAUCCCGUGAUGGGGAGUUGCCUGUACCUGCUGGGCCCCUGGCCCUCCCUGGCCCCGCAACUCCAGGCUCCAUCCACCCGGCCACGCCCAUUCCUGUCCCAGGCCUGGAUCCGUACCCUGAACACAAGGAGGAAGGCAAAAUCAUAACUCUGUCUGACACAAGACAAUCUGCGACAGGGCAGAGUAGCCUAGACUCUGACAAGGCAACUGCUGAUGAGCCACACAUUGCUGAUACCUCGUCAACACAGAGAGAGCCCAUGAGAACACCUGAACUGUCCAGACAGAUGAGUUCCAUCAACAACAUUGGACAGCCAGGAGUGGGCAAUGACCAGGAGGAGGAAGCCACCUAUGAUACCAAGAGCUUUGACUACAGGAAAUACGUACUGAGGACAUUAACAAACAUUGGGAGCUUGUUUGCCCGCAACUUUUACAACUUUAAGUACCUGGCCCUCCUGCUUGCCUUCCUCAUCAACUUCCUGCUGCUCUUCUACAAGGUGUCGCGCCUGACCGUUGAAGUUGUCGGAGGGGAAGAGGAAACCGCAGAUGCUGUAGCGGACUUGGCCAUGAACCUGACAGAGGCGCUUACUGGUCAGGAGGAGGAAGUGGAAGAGGAGGUGGAGGAACUGGUCUCCAUGUCUGAGAGUAGCUACUACCUGGAACACGUGCUGCGCUGCCUGGCCGUCUGCCACUCACUGGCAGCGUUCUCCAUGCUGGUUGCGUACUACUGUCUGAAGGUUCCGCUCGUGAUAUUCAAGCGGGAGAAAGAGAUUGCAAGGAAGCUUGAGUUUGACGGACUCUGGAUUGCCGAGCAACCUGGGGAGGAUGAUCUCAAGUCGCACUGGGACAAGCUCGUACUCAGCACUCAGUCCUUCCCUGACAGCUACUGGGACAAGUUUGUCAAGAAGAAGGUGCGUAACCGUUAUGCAGAGCAGUACGAGUAUGAGGCCAUCAGUAACCUGCUGGGCAUGGAGAAGAGUGAUGCCAUCACCAUAGACAAGGAGGAGAAAACGGGGCUGUUUAAGUUCCUCUACAGUGUGGACUGGCAAUAUCAGAUAUGGAAAUGGGGUGUUAUUUUCACUGAUAAUUCUUUCCUGUACAUUGCCUGGUACUUCACCUGGUCCUGCCUGGGAAAUCUCAACCAUUUCUUCUUUGCGGCCCACUUGCUGGAUGUGGCUGUCAGCUUUAACACACUGCGGACUAUCCUCCAGUCUGUGACACACAAUGGAAAACAGCUGAUACUGACUGUGAUGCUGCUGAGUAUUAUAGUGUACAUCUACACGGUGAUAGCAUUCAACUUCUUCAGGAAGUUCUACGUGAAGGAUGAGGAUGGCUCCGUAGACUAUAAAUGCCACGACAUGCUCACUUGUUUUGUGUAUCACCUGCACACGGGUGUGCGUGCCGGAGGUGGUAUUGGAGAUGAGAUAGAGCCGGCUGACGGGGACGCCUACGAGAUCUGGAGGAUCCUCUUUGACAUCACAUUCUUCUUCUUUGUCAUCGUCAUCCUCCUGGCCAUCAUUCAGGGUUUGAUCAUUGACGCCUUCGGAGAACUGAGAGACCAGCUGGAACAGGUCAAAGAAGACAUGGAGUCCAAGUGCUUCAUAUGUGGCAUAGGCAAGGAGUACUUUGAUAAAAUACCACACGGCUUUGAGACCCAUGUGGCCAAUGAACACAACUUUGCUAACUACAUGUUUUUCUUGAUGCACCUGAUCAAUAAGCCGGACACUGAGUACACAGGCCAGGAGACGUACGUGUGGGCGCUGUACCAGCAGAGGUGCUGGGACUUCUUCCCAGUGGGAGACUGCUUCAGGAAACAGUACGAGGAUGAGAUAGGAGGGGCGCAGAAGAGCUAGACUGGGCGGAUAGAUUUUUUUUAAAGAUAAUGCAAUGAUUUAACCUGAACUGAAUUUCAUUAUUAUUAGUAUGAAACUAGUGUUAUGGUUUAUCUACAAUAAUAUAAAGGGAUUAUUUAGUGUUAAGAGAAUCUGAGGGUCGUGUGUGUGCAUAGUGUUGUCCCUGAUAAGCCUCUGCAGUCCACAUAAGGGACAACCAUCUCCGCUUUUACCUAUUUUUUUUUUAAAUGAAGUUUCUUCUGAUUGAAAAUCCAGUCCAGGGGGGGAGUAUUGAUUUUGAUUAGCCUAUGCAGGCUGCACAGGCUUAUCUGGGACAACACUGUGCACAUGCAUUAAGCCCAGUGUUCCAGAAUGAGGCUUUGAUUAAACCUGAACUGUAUUCAUUGAGAACAUAAUUAUUAUAAUUUAAAAACUAGUGUUAAGGUUUGUUACGAAUUAAAGAGAUUUCUUGAUCAGAAAACUGGACAAAGUGUAAUAAUGAUGAGAACAGGUUGGAUAAUAAGAACGUUAGGGUUUACCAAGAAUAAUCAAUAGAGGAACUUACUUAUGAUUAAGUGAAUUGUUUGGGAGACAAUCAAGUGAUAAUUGGAUAACGCAGAAUAAUGUGAAUGUGAUGAGAAUAUUUUAACUUCUAAAUUUUGUUUUAAAGAAUUUUAUUGACAUACAUGACUAUAAUUGGCAUAUUCCAGGACAAUCAGAGAUAGAUGUAUUUAUAAAAAUACAUAGUUUGGAUUUGAAGACUAUUAGUUGUUGGUACCAUUUUUCUCAUGCAAUUACAGUUUAAUAUUCAACAUAAUUAGGAGGAAUAUAAGUGCUAUGAAUAUUCCAUCAUGUGUCAUUUGUGUGUGAAGCAGUAGUUGUAGUUUGUUUUAAUUUGUUGAAAAAAGUUGUGAACCUUUCUUUACUAUUUAUGUUAUAUAAGUUUUGCUUUUUUUUAAAGUUGAUAUUUAUGAUGUAUUAGCAUAUUUAUGCUAUUAAUGGUCAAAACCCUUGUAUUAAUUCAAUGUGUAUACAUGUUUGUAAACAUUUUCCUACCUUCUAUUUCUGUGAUUUAACCAAAUUUUACCCAAUUGAGUGCAAUAUUUUAACCAGGUUUCUUAUUUAUUCACCCAUGCACCAUUUUCAUGUGUUUGUUGGUAGUUUUGCAAGUGUAAAUAGGACUGCACGUGUAUUUUCUAGUACCAGGGACAAGUUCUGAAGUUUACACAACAGCAUUCUGUUUGCUAUUAAAAGGUUGUACCUACAGUGUAAACAAACAGUGAAUGUUGCCAUUGAGCUUGCGGAGAUAAAAUUUCCAAUUCAUUGUGGAUUGUUGAAGUUUAGUAAAAGAAAAUAUCUAAA